AUGAAUAUUCUGCUGAUUUGGUUUUUGUGCAUUUCAUGGGUAUAUUUUUUUCUUUCAAUCAUUUAUCCCCACUACCAUCCUGUUCACCCCAUAUUUCAACUACUUAAGCAUGCUCAGAGCUUUCUUAAUUGUUCCAACUGUCUUUGUGUCUUUUAUUGUAUAAAAAUUUCCAAUUUCAGGAACAGCUUCUUCAUCUACCUGAAAAUAAAAAUUGACAGGAUGGUGCCCUGGCUCUUGUUGGGGUCAGUGUUUUUCUCCCUGGUUUUCGGAACCGUUGUCUACGACGUCACUGAUAAAGCUUUCUGUAAAAACCUCAAUUUCACCUGCCGAGGAUGUAUUUGGAAAGCAAGGAUCAGAAUAGAAGAACUUCUUUUUCCUAAUUAUUUCAUCAUUAGCUUAGGAUUUGCCACUCCACUCACAGCAGUCAUCUUUUCUGCCCUUCUGCUUCUCUUUUCCCUCUGGAGACAAAAAUAAAUAAUAAACUUUCAAAAACCAUCAAACCUUACAACACAUUUUCUAUCCUGA